UAAAACAACGAAAAUGAAAACCACGCUAAUUUUAGCAUUUAUUUUGGUCCUAUUAAGCUAUACACAAGGAGAUACCAAAGUAUUACGCAAGGUCAACAUUACACAUGAUAACUCAUAUCGUGAAGAAACGUUUUCUUUAAAAAAUGAAGAAUUAGUGAUUGAGGGUACAAACACCCAAAGAAUAUAUGCCAAAGAUAGUAAUAAUUUUGUCUAUCGUCUUGAAACAACUUAUGUGGCCGAUAAGAAUGGUUAUAGAGUGAAAUAUAAAUUAAUACGUAUGCCCCUGAUCGAAGUUCUUUCCUUAAGUCCAUCAACUUUAAAAUCUUUAACGGGUUAAGAAGCAAGAAAAUAACUAAGAACAUUUUUCAAUAAUUGUGCAUUAAUAAAAAUUAAAAUUUUAUUUUAAAUAAUAAUAAAUUUUUUUAUUCUUGUUCGUUUAAUGUUAUUCUCGAUGUUGUCUUGAUCUUCACAAGAAACGGCUUAAGUGU